AUGAACCUUUGGAGGUUUGCAAAGGGUUUGGCAGUGAAAUCACUUGAUGACAAUCUCUUCCUAUUUCGUUUUCACUUUCUUGAAGAUUUGAACUCUGUUCUUCAAAAGGAACCGUGGUCUUAUGCUGGUAAUUUGUUAUUGAUGGAGCGGGUUGUUUCUUCCACUUCAAUUAGCAAUGUCAAACUAUCUCAUGUUUCGCUCUGGGUUCAUGUACAUAAACUACCAUGGCUUAAAAUGACUGAUCCGAUGGCAAAGCUGAUUGGAGAUACCCUGGGAGUCUUCCUUGAUGUUGAUCGGGACAGAGAUUUUGGUUGUAUUGGAGGGACUAUGAAGAUCCGAGUAAGAUGGGAUGUAUCUAGACCUCUUUGCCGGAAGACUGUGAUCGAAUUGGAUGACACAGGGGAUACAGAAUUAGAAUUCUCUUAUGAGCGGGUUCCAGGCUUCUGUGCUUUUUGUGGAUUGCUUACUCACUGGACGGCUAAUUGUCCAUGGCGCAGAUACCAUCCUCCAAAUAAAGAAGAUUUUCUGUUCCAGGAAGUUCUGAAGGCAAAUCACCGUCAGACUGUGUCUCGUCGGUUUCCAAGAAGUAUACCAGCAAGUGAUUCUGUUAACCAAUUGCCAUCUCCAUCAAAGUCUGAUGUUGGUGACACUCACCUUCGGGAGACGGCACCGGCAAAGGUUACGGCGGUAGCCACGGAGACCAUAGCUGCUGCCCAUGCCUUUGUUUGA